AUGAAACCAUUUUGUCGAUUACUAAUUUACCAUCGGAAACCGGGUUUUUUCGGGUUAUCAUCUUCGAAAUGGGGAUGUUCUUUUUCAAAAAAUGUGACAAGUUGUGAUCGAACUCGCACAUUUUGUGGUCACCAAUCUGGAAUUUUGGGUGCUCAAUGUGUAGGGGAACAUCUCCAUAAGCCUUUUUGCAGGCAAUAUACAAGUUGGGGAAAUUCCAGAACUUUUCUUGAAAAAUGUUACGGUGGAAUUUCAAGAAAUGCUAAUAGUUUUGGUGUUAAGGCAUUGCCACAUAUUAGGAAUAAAUCGAGUAGAACAGAGACUGGUGUAAAUGACAAGAAUCCUGAGGGUGUUUAUGUUCGAGGUGGAAUAGAUGUAAAGCCUUUGAUAGAUAAGAUUGAUGACGAGGAGAAUGUAUAUACAGAAAGUAAGGAUUAUAAGGUACGAGAGAACGAUGAUGUAGAUAAUGAUGGUUCGGUUAGUAGUCCUAAUGAGGAUAAGCCAGCUAGUGACCGUGUUGUGGCCAAAGAGACGGAGAAAGAGGCCUGGAAGGUGUUGGGCAAUGCUAUUGUAACUUACUGUGGGAGUCCUGUGGGAACAAUGGCUGCGAACGAUCCUACUGAUACUCUACCAUUGAAUUAUGAUCAGGUCUUCAUACGCGAUUUUAUUCCAUCUGCACUUGCUUUUUUGCUCAAGGGGGAAAAAGAGAUUGUGAAGAAUUUUCUACUGCAUAACUUGCAACUGCAGAGUUGGGAGAAAACCGUGGACUGCUUCUGUCCAGGGGAGGGGUUAAUGCCUGCUAGUUUUAAAGUUGUAACAACACCUCAAGACGGCAAGGAGGAAGAAAGAUUAGACGCGGAUUUUGGGGAGUCAGCGAUUGGUCGUGUUGCACCUGUUGAUUCAGGUUUGUGGUGGAUUAUAUUACUAAGAGCUUAUGGGAAAAUAACUGGCGACGUAUCUUUACAAGAAAGAGUGGAUGUUAAGACAGGCAUAAAGCUAAUUAUGAACUUGUGCCUGGCCGAUGGAUUUGAUAUGUUUCCAACUUUGCUAGUAACUGAUGGUUCCUGCAUGAUAGAUCGACGGAUGGGUAUUCAUGGUCACCCCUUAGAGAUUCAAUCUUUAUUCCACUCAGCUCUAAGGUGCUCUCGCGAAAUGCUUUCCACAGAUGAAGGAUCCAAGAAUUUGGUAUCAGUCAUCAGCAAUAGACUGAGCGCGUUGUCAUUUCACAUCAGGGAAUACUAUUAUGUAGAUUUAAAGAAGAUCAAUGAGAUAUAUCGAUAUAAGACUGAAGAAUACUCGACAGAUGCCAAAAACAAGUUCAAUAUCUACCCUGAGCAAAUUCCUCAGUGGUUAGUGGACUGGAUACCCGAGGAAGGCGGUUACUUAAUUGGCAAUCUACAGCCGGCUCAUAUGGAUUUUAGAUUCUUCGCAUUGGGUAAUCUCUGGUCUAUUAUAUCGUCUCUUAGUACUCCAAGACAAAAUCAAUCUAUUUUAAAGUUAAUAGAAGCCAAAUGGGAUGAUCUUGUUGGGAGUAUGCCCCUCAAAAUAUGUUUCCCUGCUUUGGAAUACGAUGAUUGGCGUAUAAUCACUGGUAGUGAUCCUAAGAACACGCCUUGGUCAUAUCACAAUGGGGGAUCUUGGCCAACGCUUCUAUGGCAGUUCACAUUGGCCUGCAUUAAGAUGGGAAGAACCGACCUAGCCUGGAAAGCGGUUAAUUUGGCUGAGAAAAGGCUCCCAGCAGAAAAUUGGCCAGAGUAUUAUGACACGCGAAAUGGCAAGUUCAUAGGAAAGCAGUCAAGACUGUAUCAAACAUGGACCGUUUCGGGGUAUCUAACAUCCAAAUUGCUGCUGGAGAAUCCAGACAAGGCCUCGCUAUUGUUCUGGGAAGAAGACUAUGAUCUUCUUAACAUAUGUGUUUGCGCGCUUAGCAAAUCUGGCAGGAAAAAAUGCUCCCGCGAUGCUGCCAAGUCUCACAUUCUCGUUUAAUCACAGUCCUCUGGUUUUUUCCAUGAUGAACUAUUAUCACAUUGUACAGAUUUUUGUAAAUAAUGUAGUUUUAUUCUAGUGGUAAGAUGGAUUAUUUCCAUGUAUAUAUAUAGGAUUAGUUUAGUAGCCUGUUUGUUUGUCACAUACUAUGAAUUAGGCUUAAUGACUUUUUUGCCCUCGAAGUAUGGGUGGAAAUUCCGAUGCGGCCUCGAAGUUUAAAAACGUACAUUUCGACCCUCAAAGUAUCUUUGUCGUACCUUUUAGCCCUUUUUAAAAAUACCGGUAUAAAUCGGGGGAUAAACUUGACAAUACAUA